CAAAUAUAUUUGUAAAUGCAUCAGAAAUAAAUAGAAGAAAGAUAUCGCGUGCACGAAAACGCAGCUUGAAAUAUGGCAAUGUUGCAAUUAAUCAUUUUUCGAACUUAUUAAAGAGAGCAUGUCUGUACAUCAAACUGAAAUUUUCGUGCAAACAAAAGAAAACGCUCUUCGUGAAUUUUCGUUUGUCGAUGAAGAAACAGUGCCGUUAAAUGCUUCAAAACCGGUUCCAUUGCAACCUUUGAAACCAACAUCAGCUAUAGUGGUUACAGGCUAUGUUCCUCCCAAUGCUUUGAGAUUUUCAGUGAACUUAUUAUGCAAAACUACCGGAAAUAUCGCAUUGCAUUUCAACGCACGAUUAGACAGGGGUUAUGUGGUUCGAAAUUCGAAAUUUAGGGGAUGUUGGGAAGAGGAGGAAACCUGUUCUCCUGCAGGGCAUACCGCUUUCCGUCGGAACUCCUAUGUUCACAUUUUGAUAUUUUGUACUGCCAAUGAAUAUCAAAUUGCUGUCAAUGCAGAACAUUUUUGCGCAUUUGCGUAUAGAAUGCCUCUUGAAGAUGUAAUGUAUCUUGAAAUAAAUGGAUCAUUGGAAGACACUCGGUUUAGGCAAUUUGAAUUGUUCGUUUAUCCUGAUCCAAAGUUAUGCAGGCCAAGUAACGUUUUAAGUUUAAAAAUUGAUCAGCCACUGGUCGAAUUUCUUGAUAUUCCACUUACGGUAGAUAUAGAAAAUGAAUUUAAAACCGGAGCUAGGCUUUUCAUUGCUGGAAGACUGAAACUUCUGCCUCAUUCAUUUUAUAUAAAUUUACAAAAGGGAAAAGCAGUUUAUCCACAUCCGGUAAUUGCAUUGCAUUUAAAUCCACGUUUUUUAUAUGGCAGUAGCGCACCCUAUGUCGUUAUGAACUGUUGGUCAAAUGGAUCUUGGGGACGCGAAGAAAGGCACUCAAGUCAUCUAUGGAUGCCUGGUCGUGAUUUUCUUCUAACAAUUCGAUGCGAAAUCGAAGCAUAUACAAUAUGGUUAGGCGAAAAAAUGAUUGGUGAAUUCAAACAUAGAUUACAACCAACUAUCAUCGAUACUCUUAAAAUAUCCGGAGACAUCGUACUUCAUGAUCUAGCCAUGAUUUAUUCAAAUUAAGCUCUAUUACUUGUUAUUCAUUUUAAUAAAAUGGCAUUUACCUUUUAACCUAUCUUUCCCAUAUAAGACUUUAAAUAUCAUUUGUCCCGCAUAUCGCAAAGGCAUAAAAAUGUUCUCAUUUUUAAAUAAUGUAGUAUCAAUGACUUAUUGUUGGUAAUAUUUAUGUAAUGAAAGAAAUAAUAUUGAUAAUAAAAAUUUAUCAUUAAUACGUUAA